AUGGACGCGCUGGAACACCCGAAUGAGCGUCCCCGAGGCUGGUAUCUGGCCCUAAUGGCACCCAACAGCAAGGGACCGUCGUUUGCCUGGCUGGACCCGUCCAGACUGUACUGCAACUCGCAGGCCCUGGCAGACUGUGUCAAAGAUAUUCUCAGCCCCUUUUGGAACGACACCAUCGACCUGGUGGCCGGGAUAGACGCCAUGGGAUUCAUUCUAGGUGCAUCUGUCGCCACCACGCUGGGCAAAGGCUUCCUUGCGGUGCGUAAAGCUGGACAUCUUUGCGUGAGCAGCCAACAGCAAACUUACACCGACUACACUGGCAGGGAGAAGACCAUGGAGGUACGAGAGGAUGUGCUUAAACCUGGUGUGAGGGUUUUGUUAGUGGACCAGUGGAUCGAGACCGGAGGAACCAUGAAGGCUGCCAUUCAGUUGCUGGAGAGGAUGGGAGCCAUCAUUGUCGGUGUUGCCGCUGUGGCUAUGGAGAAUACGGAAGGAGGCAAGUGGAUUCAAGACAAUUACAAAUGCUCGCACUGCAUCCCUGCGGAGCUCCAGAAACAAAUCGAUCAAAAAUGUUUGGACUCCUUCAAAAGCUUCAAGAAAUCAUGA